AUGUCUGUAGAACGCCUCGCUUUAGAAGACUUUACCCAGCACUUCUCUCAGCUCACUGAGCUCUCGAGCGUCGCCCUCGGUGGAAGGAUCGCCGCAGUCUCCGAUGAAUUCUUCGCAGAAGCAUUUCAUUUGCUCUUGCAAGAGCCCGCGCCGUCCAUGAAGGGCCAGUUCGGUCCAAAUGGCGCCCUUUAUAGCGGUUGGGAGACCAGGCGUCAUAACCCAACGUACGACUGGUGCAUAAUCCAGUUGGGCACGACUGGCACGAUUCAGGGGCUAGAUGUUGAUACCUCCAACUUCAACGGAAACGAGGCGCCUGCCGUGUCUGUUUAUGCCCUGCACGACGCAGACCUGCAUGACCCGACCCACGACGACGCUCGGUGGUCAAAAAUCCUACCUAGGUCAGACCUUGGACCGAAUUCUCGCCACUUGUUCAAAUUUCCGAAGACGUCCUGCGUUAAUUAUGUCAAGAUUCAUAUGUGCCCUGAUGGAGGCAUCGCUCGCUUCAGAGUAUAUGGCGACGUAACUCCGGUCCAUCCUGCUGGCCAAACCUCCUUCGAUCUUGCCCAUGUUUUUGCGGGCGGUCGUGUGCUCCGUAUGUCCGAUCAGCAUUUCGGCGUAGGUGCUAACCUCAUCCUUCCGGGCCGCGGGAAGAAUAUGGGUGAUGGCUGGGAAACGAAGCGUAGUCGGACGAAGGGCCAUAAUGACUGGGUUAUCAUUCAACUAGGCGCCCCUGGUCAGCUUGAACAAGUCGAAAUCGACACUCACCACUUCCUGGGCAAUUUUCCGGAGAGCUGCGAGAUUCAUGCGAUCUAUUCUGGCGUAGAACAGGAUUGGCAGGGUGUUCUACCAGACGAGUCGCUGUGGACCUUAGUUCUUCCGCGUACCAAGCUAGGAGCACACAGGCAGCAUUACUUCGAGCUGGAGAACGUAGAGAAACGCACUUACACUCAUGUCAAAGUAACGAUACACCCAGACGGCGGCUUGAAGAGGGUUCGGAUCAUUGGCCGCAAGGUUGAGCCUGUUACAUCAGCGCUGAAGACCGAUAUAGUACAACCUGUCUUCGCUCAGUCACGAUCCCCGUCCUCCACCCGCCACUCCAAUAUCACCAUGAUACCCGUCUUGCCACUGACUGCGGAGGAAUUCAAACCGUACGGGCAGGUCAUCCAAGCCUAUGACGAAAGUUCAAAACCAGAUAGUCUCAAGGUUACUCCCGCGAACGGAGGCACCGCAGACAAGUUCCACAAGCUCUCUCUUCUGACAUCUUCAUACCCUCCUGAGACCGGUGCAACGGCCGGUAUUUCGGUCUACAGGUGCCAGCCCUUGCAGGAUAUCGUCGAUGGUGUGACGACUCUGAAGACGCUCGAAAGACAUCCAUUCACGAACCAAGCGUUCAUUCCUAUGGGUCGCAGCACCUCAGAUCCUGCAGAUGGCUACCUCGUCGUCGUUGCGAAGAAUGGGGCGGACGAUCGACCUGAUAUGACGACACUGAAAGCAUUCCUUGCCAGUGGAACGCAAGGUAUUAUCUAUGACGCAGGCAUUUGGCAUCAACCUAUGACCGUUCUCAGAAAGAGCCUUGAUCUUGCCUGCGUCGAGACGCAAAUCGGAGACGGCAGUCCCAUGGAUUGCGAGAUCCUGGACCUUGAACCCAACAGUACAUACAUUCUGAAGCUCUAA